AUGAAAAGAUCUUUCAAACAGAUUUCAGAGACUCAAAAUGCGCAUUCUGUGCUAGAGAUCACAAAACUAGUGAGCAUUAAUGUGAAACAUGCUCAAAAAGAGGUGAAAUAUGUCAACAUACUCUGCUUAAGUGCUUCAAUUGCAAAGAAAAACAUGCAUCUAGCUCAAAAGAAUGUGUAUUUGCUCCAAGAACUCAGAAGAACUGGAGAAAAGAUGAAGCUCAAAGUGAAUCUAAAACUGAAGAGAAAAGUCAAGCUAGUAAAUCCACAACUAUCUUCAAACUCCAAUUCUCCAGCUAAAUGUAAACAGAAUUUGAAUCCUCAAACACCUGUUAAGAUUAGAGAAUUGAGAAAUGACUCUGGUGAUAAACUAGAUAGAAUGCAAGCAGUUGAGAUUCCUGCAUUUCAAAAUAGUUAUAAUCUACUAUCUGAUGAUAGUGAUUAG